UCUGGCUCCUUGGUCGUGUGAAGUGUUUGGCAACACGCUUCAGUUGUUGCGUAUGUCGUGGACUUAAUAAUAGAAAAAGCUAAAGUAAAAACUUUGCCUGUUCCAAAGGCUGAGCAAGAGCAGCACUUACAUCAGGGUUAAUGGUCCUGGGUAUAGGAGAUGCUUUUAUUGCCUAGCAGGUUGUUUUCCUGCUGGUAAAAAGUUUAACGUAAAGGAAACUGAGAACGAGUAAACUUCUACUUAUAACAGAGGUUGUCUGGCAAGGAAAGUAAUGACUUUACGUUGCUUUCUUUGUUAUUAGUUAAAAAAAAGUAGUAAGCGAUAGCUCUCCAAACUUGCUUCAGAAAACAAAGAGAGGACGAGAGGCUUUAAUGGAUUAAUGUUGACUAGGCAGCUAUUGAACCUCUGAUUAAAAGUGUUAUUAUAGAAAUCUUGGCACGAUGUGCAAUGUAACAUGACUCAGGUAUUGCUAAUGUCUACACGACACACAAUUGCCUGUUUUAUGAUGAGCUUUCUUUGGCAUUUAGUCAAAAAAAAAAAUCUGUAAAGCAUUUGUAGAAGUUAAAUGAACUGGUUACCAAUACAUGAAUUGAUGUGACUCUUACAUCUUAUGUACAGGAAAAAAAAGGUUUAUGAAAAUGGUCAGAAAAUUCCAUACAGUCAAUUCUACUUCUUACAGUCCUUGUACAUGGAAAUUUUCAAGAAACUCAUUUUCUUCAUGCUAAUAAAAGUGGCAUGAGAGGUUUUUUUUUAUAAGUAAGCCUUCAACAGUUCAUGAUACCACAAAUUCCAGCUGUUAAGAAAAUAGGAAAAAAAUGAAGUGAAAGGAAAUGGCAUGUUUGUAAUAUCCUGGUUGAAGUAGACAUAAUGACAGAACUGAAAUAUAUUGUUAUCUCGAUGGAAAAAAGUGGAAGUCAUCAAACCUAUGCCAGAAAAAUACAUAAUUUACCAGCAAGGAAGAAAAGCCUUUACGGUAGGAGAAGGCUUUUAAAAUCUGUACAAUUUUAGCAGAGAAUGAACAGCAUGGAUUACCUCAAAGACUUUUUUAAAGAAAAUACUGUAAAAGGAAGUACAUAACUUUGACUUUCUUGGAACAAUUUUAGCACAUCUGAGAAUUUCUUUCAGGGAAGAGGUUGGCAAUGUGACAGUCACUAAGAAAUUAAAUGCACCUUUCAUUCCCUUACCCCUGUUCCAAAACGAAGGAAAGAGAAUUGUGAAAGCUCAUCCUGUUGCACAAGAGACCUCACGGAACAGUAAUCUUGGAACUGUUCAAUUUAAUCCAAGCUAUGCUACAGCACAGGAGCCCUAUCCCGAUUUUUUUGUAUCUAGAAUCCUACCAUUGAUGUAUGUGUAAAGGUAGCAGGGCUUUUGUGAAGGGCCAGUAACAAAAGCAAUCACAUGAGAUUAUGUUGUGCAAACUAAAAUUUUAGUCAAUGUGGUAAUUGAAGGAUUAAUUUCCAAAUUAUUACUCCAGAGUUCAAAUCAUUGAUUUGAUAGGCAUCGUGAAUAAAACCAAAAAAGGUAGCAGUUGAUUUCCUUUCUGCACUUAGAAAGCAGCAGUUACUAGCUUGGUAAAAGGAUGUAUUGGAUCUUAUUUUUAAUAUCUAGCAAGUCCUUGUUCUGCAACAUUUUUGCUUAAAUUACUGAGUUAGUCUAAAGCAAUGCAACUCAUAACAGGCAAACCUUCCCUUCCUCAGGUGUGCAUUUGAAUACUUUGUGCUGUUCCUCCGCAUGUCAAGGACUGUCUCUGAAACUUGCAUCUUAAUCUGCGUAGGCAUCAGGAGGAAUACUGACAGUAACUAGGAGCUUCUCAAGCAGAGAAUGUCAACAUUUUUAUUUGAUGAGUUGGGGGGGGGGACGGCUGAAACACCUCAUGGCAAAGUGGAUGCUGGUGCUAAUUGAACUACAACCAUGGCAACUGCCAGUAAUGAGGCACACCAUCCUGUAGAUCCUGGCAUUUCAAAGCUGCAGUUUGCUCCCUUCAGUAGUGCCUUGGAUGCAGGAUUCUGGCAUGAACUAACCCAGAAGAAACUCAAUGAGUACCGACUGGAUGAGACUCCAAAAGUUAUCAAAGGAUAUUACUACAAUGGUGAUCCUUUGGGCUUGCCAGCUCGCCUGACGUUGGAAUUCAGUGCCUUUGAUAUGAAUGCUUCAAUACCAGCACGUUGCUGUCCUGCUUUUGGAACAUUGUAUAAUACCAACACUUUUGAGACUUUCAAGUCUUGUGAUAAGAAAUCACUUCUGGAGAAAGAAGCAAAUGAGAUAUGGCAAUCGAUAAAAUCUGGAGCUGCGCUCGAAAAUCCUAUGCUCUUGAACAGGUUCCUGCUGUUGACGUUUGCAGAUUUGAAAAAGUACCACUUCUAUUACUGGUUUUGCUACCCUGCUCUCUGCUUUCCUGAUGGAAUACAUAUAAUUCAGAAACCAGUGUGUCUUGGUGACAGGUUCUCUUUAAAUCAGAUUCAAGCACUUCAGAAAGCGUAUGAUGACCUUUGCCAGACAGAAGGGGUUACAGCCUUGCCUUAUUUUUUAAUCAAGUAUCAUGACAAUUCUGUGGUGAUAUCUUUGAUCAAAAAGUGGGAUAGUUUCUUUCAAGACCAAGAAGGGAAGGUGACAGUUGGAGUUUAUGACCCAUGUAAUUUAUCCCACUAUCCAGGAUGGCCACUGAGAAAUUUCCUGAUCCUGGCAGCUCAUAAAUGGGGGAGUGUCCUUCAGACAAUCGAAGUGCUCUGCUUCAGAGACAGAACCAUGCAAGGCGUGAGAGACAUAACACACAGCAUCAUCUUUGAAAUAAAACUUCCACAGAGAGCUUUUGGUCAAGAUUGCCCAAAAGCUGUUGGAUGGGAGAAAAACCAAAAGGGAGGCAUGGGCCCAAGGAUGGUCAAUCUUAGUGAGUGUAUGGAUCCAAAAAGGUUAGCAGAAUCAUCGGUGGAUCUUAAUUUGAAAUUGAUGUGCUGGCGGUUGGUCCCUACGCUUGAUUUGGAAAAAAUUGUGUCUGCCAAGUGUCUGCUGCUAGGAGCUGGUACUCUAGGUUGUAGUGUUGCAAGGACCUUGAUGGGUUGGGGAGUGAGGAAGAUAACAUUUGUUGACAACGCGAAGAUCUCCUACUCCAAUCCUGUGCGACAGCCACUGUACGAAUUUGAGGACUGUCUUAGCGGUGGGAAGCCGAAGGCACUUGCAGCAGCAGACAGGCUACAGAAAAUCUUCCCGGGGGUGAAUUCAGAAGGCUAUAACAUGAGCAUCCCUAUGCCUGGCCACCCAGUGAAUUUUUCUGAAGUAACGAUGGCACAAGCACGGAAGGAUGUGGCUACACUUGAAGAGCUUAUUGAUGCUCAUGAUGUUGUUUUCCUACUUAUGGACACUAGAGAGAGUCGGUGGCUCCCAGCUGUUAUUGCAGCCAGCAAGAGGAAGCUGGUCAUCAAUGCUGCAUUGGGAUUUGACACAUUUGUUGUUAUGAGACAUGGACUAAAGAAACCAAAACAGCAAGAAUCUGGUGAUUCGUGUUUCAGCAAUGCCUCCAGUUCUUCUGACCUGUUGGGAUCAUCACUCUUUUCAAAUAUCCCUGGCUAUAAACUGGGUUGCUAUUUCUGCAAUGAUGUUGUGGCACCAGGGGAUUCCACCAGGGAUCGGACAUUGGAUCAGCAGUGUACAGUCAGUCGACCUGGAUUGGCAAUGAUAGCUGGAGCUCUUGCAGUGGAAUUAAUGGUUUCUGUUUUACAGCAUCCAGAAGGUGGUUAUGCUGUGGCCAGCAGUAGUGAUGAUAGAAUGAAUGAACCACCUACUUCUCUUGGACUUGUUCCUCAUCAGAUCCGUGGGUUUUUAUCAAGAUUUGAUAAUGUUCUGCCGGUCAGCCUGGCAUUUGAUAAGUGCACAGCCUGUUCCCCCAAAGUCCUCGACCAGUACGAACGAGAAGGGUUUAAUUUCCUAGCUAAAGUUUUUAAUUCCUCACAUUCCUUCUUAGAAGACUUGACGGGUCUAACUUUAUUACAUCAGGAGACACAGGCUGCCGAGGUGCCAUGCUUAAUAUAUGCCAGAGUGUUUGAAAGCAAUGGAUCAAGUCCUGGUCAUGGUAUCCUAUUUGUGAGUUGUUGGGGAAUUUUUGAUCUGGGACAUGAGCGAUGAUGAAACAGUCUGAAAAUCAGCUGAAUAAGGUGGAAGAUGACCUACUUUGGACUGCAGUGCUGCCUUUUAUCUGUUAUUUGACAAGUUAAUGAUUGCUUACCUAUUCUGACUGCUACAAAUAUGAACAACUAUAAACCACAUAGUGACAUGAAUAUCUUCACCGUAAAAACAGUCUGUUAUGGAUAUAACUCUCCUUAUUUUCAUUUUUAUUAUGUAAAUAACCAAAGCAAUGUGGUUAUGUUUAAAUCUGCUCUUCUUCUCGUCUUUUUUUUUUUUUUUUUGGUUUAUGUAUAAAAUAUGCUGCUUAAGUAAAGUUUGGUGUUUUAUUUGUUCCAGUUUUUAUUUUCUUUGUUACCAGACAUGUCUAAGCAGCAUGUCUAAAUGUCCUUUUUUUCAUCUUUACAUUUAUACCCCUUUAGCUAGAACUAGUUAGAAUUUAUUAUUGAGAUUGAGAAUAUUCUGCUGCUGGGAAUUAAACUGCACCUUUAUUUAAAGGCGAGCAGGAGUAGGUAAGAACCUACAUGUACAGCCUAUGCCACGUUGCUUGCUAUAUGGAAGUACAUAGUCAUUAUUUCCCUUUUCUUUGUUUCAGUAUGAUUGUUCUUGCCUGUGUCAAUGGAGAUGUUAUUCUCUGUAAAGAUCUCAUAAUUUCAUGCUAUGGAAAAAAAAGUGGUUUGACUUACAUUUACACAGGAAAGACCAAAAUGUGUCUGCAUCAAGAUUAAUCUCCUCUGAAGCUUAGAGAAUGUGCUAUUAUGUAGUAAAACUUGCUUUAAAGGUGAUUCACUAAUUCAGUAAAAACUUGCAGAGAAAUUCUGAACUGAAAUAAGACAUUGGUUCUCUAACUGUGCCAUUCUCGAGUGCUGUCAUAUGCUAUUUUACAGGUGUUAACAGACACCAAUUCUGAUUUUCAUUUUGGCUGGAUUUUAAGUAUUUCAAUUUUUGCGGCAUCAGGAAUAGUUUCACAAAUAUGAUUUAUCACAAACAGUAGUAUGAGGAUCCUUGAUGGAUUCUCAAGAAUUUAAAAAAUAAAAAUAAAUUGUAAAAUAUCAAAGCACCUUACUACCAAAUUGAAUCUAUUGUUUUUUAUCUUUCAAUGCAUUUUAGAAGUAUAUUAGAAAUCGUUUUUCUGGCUUUAUUUUGUGGAGACUCUGUACUAUCUUGCUCCAAAAAAAAAUGCAAAUUGCUUUAUCUGGCAAUCUGUAUUUCCUGUAUAUAUUAUGAAAACUAGUUGGUAAAUCCAAUUAUUUCAGUUUAUUUUAAUUCCUUCCUUAACAUAAGCUCCAAAUACCUGGUACAGAUAAUUUCACAGUUUCUCUCUUACUCCACAUCAGAGGAAGUUUUGUCAGGUCAAAUUCACCUAAAAGCAAGGAUAUCUGCGACUCCCGUAUUCCAUUCAUAAAAGAAGAUUUAUUGAAACGUGCUGAGGUUUGCGUUAAGUGUCUCCAAUACUUAUUUAUUGUUUGUAUUUCUUGUAACUAUUAUAUUAAUAACAUUUAUGUGAUUACUUACGUAGCUUUAAGGGAAUGUCCAGUUUAGCUGACUUCAUUGCAAUACGUAUAUGAAUCAAUUUUUUUAAAAAGACUAAUAACCAUAGGAAGCUGAUCUUUUGGUGGUUAGUUAAUAAUCAAUAAGAUUGAUAAUGUGCCAUGUCUGUUUUAAAGCAGUUUGUUAAUAUACAGAAUUACUUAUGAAGUUAAAUGAUUUGCUGAUUUGCAUUUCUGUAGUUCAACUGAAAUCAUUAGCAAGUAUCAGGGUAGUUUAAAGGGAAUCAUCUCAUUUUUAUCUUUUGGAGUUGCUGAGUAUGGAGUGUAAGAGUCUUCUGCAGUUUUUGAUUACCUGAAACUUCAAAACUAGACGUCUUUCAGAAAUCUGAUAAGUAUUAAUCAUUAUUUUAAAUAUGUAAAACUUUGAUUAUCCUGUUAAGGUUACAUUGCAUCUUUACAUUGAAAUAUCCAUUUAAUUGCAGAAGUAUGCAAGAUCUAAAAGUUCAGAACUCAGGGUUAAUAUGAUGUUUCCUUACCUCUCUAAUUUCAGUAACAUACAAUUCUCUGAGGCUGAGCUGCUUCCUGUACAUAUGCUUCCCAGAUGUCUCUGAUGUUCAGAAACACUUCAGUGUAACUUAGAAUAACUUCCGUUGUCUAACUUUAAUGUUGUUUUCUUUCUCCUCGUGGACCAAAAUUGUUCUUAUUUUGCUUUUAUUCAAUGUCUGGGCGUUUACUGAGUGAGAAAUCAUGAGAAUACAUUCAAAUGAAAUACCAUUAACAUUUCCAUUACCAUUUAAAUUCGAAUACCAUUAACAGAUAAACAUGUUUAUUUACUGGCUUGUGUGUACUUUAAUGGCAGGGUUUUGGCACAGCCUCUUCAGCUGCAGAUACUGCAGUUUAGUAGAAGAAGCUAAACUUUGACCUUUCUUCAUGGAGGAGGCAGGAGUUGUAUUUGUUCUGCCAUGACUUCCUAGGCAGUGCUGAAGAGCCCAAAUUCAUCUUUUUGCUGUACAACCCAGCAGCCACCAUGGCUCCUUAGGAGUUAACCAAAUCUGUUGGGAAUCUGAGGGAGUGAACAGCCUCAGAGGGACCUGCUCUUCUUUCUAAGCUAUCUAACAGAAAUGCAAUGGCAUUACAUGGCAGUGUGUUUGGGACCAUAUCUCAGAGAAGGCAAAUAUGACACCUAUAUCUCACAUCUGGAAAGCCAUUUAAUACUGUUAGAAGACAACAGAUCUUGAUGGAGAGCUGUUGACAUCAUUUUUGUGUUUGAAUACUAUAAAAUCUCAUGGAACAAAUACCUUCCAUUUUGUUUUAAUGCUUUUACUGUCCAGAAUUUUUGUUUUGUGCCAUCUCUUCAAUGUGUUUGCUGGCUGAAGUCUAGGAUUUGUUAUGGAAUAGCACCACAUUCUUAAAAUGAGUAACUUGAAAUUUAUCUAUAAGUUCUUUAAGACCCUCACUUGCUUUCAUCCUUGCUUUCACAAUCUGCCGUUAAAUCCUCUUUGCCUGUGUCUUAGUCUGUUGAUCUGGAAUAAAUUUCACUUAGGGCAUGUCCUUUAUGUUAGGUGUAAAUUGCCAGUAAAAUUGUAUCCAAUAGGGGGUUUAGACCACAGGAGAAUGUGCUCUGUGGAGCAUGGGGCUAGUUUGAGUCUGAAGCCUUCAAAAAGUUCUGCAAGGGAGACGGGGCACAAAAGUGUAAGCAACACUUACAUGUAGAUCCAUGCAGAAAGAUUCGUGAUGUUCCAGACAUGUUGCUCUAGAAAGUCGCCAAGGAAUGGAACCUUAAAUAAAUGCAAUAGAAGUAGUAGCAAAAGUGAAUAAUUUUUCCAUGUGUAAGUGGUUUCUUCUAGUUUUUCAUUUGUAAUUUCCCUCUUCCUUUAAUUUCUUUCUUAUACUGUGGUAGAAAACUUUUACUGAUGCGAGUUUUGUCUGUUUCUGAACUUUUUACUCUGCUAUUAUUUAGUAUUCUAUAAUUAGGAUCAUGUCACAUUACUGUUGUUUCUCCCUCAUACUGAAUGUGUAGAAACUAUUCUUUUAAUUGGAAUUGCUAAUAUCUAGUUCAUCAUUGCAUUACUCUGGCACAGCGUUGGGUCAUGCCCAGGUCCUGACUUGCCUUUGAGUUUCCAUCCUCUUUCCAAGCUGGAUCAUAAAGAGUCAGAUCGCUGAGAUGUGACUGACAGUAGGCUUUGGUCUGCAGGAUUCCCAAUAAUGUCGAUAAUGUGUGAAACAAUCACUAAGCUUCUGAAACCAGUUUUUGGGAUCAAGAACAAUUCUGCCUGCUUCUUAUGGAACUGCUAAGAGCCAUGACAGAAUCCAUGAGUGUAUUUUAAAUGGUUUCUCUUCAGAGUAUAACCAUAUCUUAAGAGUUCAAGGAGAGUCCUAACUCUCCUAUGGGAAUAGGAAGGAUAGUUCACAUUCUUGAAAAUCUAAAUAUGUCACAAGCCAACACAUAAUUAAAACUUUCUUGUCAUUCUGCCAGUUAAAGACAUCUCUGUUGUGCAGUGCAAGUCCAGCCAGUCCUCCAUGCGGUGCCAAUAGCCAUUCUCAUUUUGUCCAGUGGUUCAACGUUUGCUGUUGGAACUUUGCAUUACAAGCACUCAAAGGCUGAUGAGAGCAUGAACAGUUGGAUGGUAGGAUUUUUUUCUUGCUACUUUCCCAAUUUUUACACCCAAAGUUUUAGUUUUUUUCUUUUUUUGUUUGUUUUUAAAUAAUGAUGCAAUACUUUCCUUAGAAACAGAUAAGCAUCUAUAUUACAAAGACAGCCAUAAAAAAAUACACAUUUGUGACAUGGUAAACUUCAUCAGACUUCCUAAAAAACAGUCUGAAAGAUGUCCUUAAGCCUGUUAUCAUGUUUUCCCAAAUCUUUUGACAAGACUUCCUAAAUUGUUUUUUGUUUUAUUUUAUUUUAUUAUUUAUUUUUUUUAAUAAUUUUUCAGUGCAGAUGUUCUGCUUUUGUAUAUCCUACCAAAAUGAAACUUUUCCUUCUGGAGGGCGUUGUGCACCUUUUCUCUUUCAGAGCACCUGAAUUAACAGUUAUGAAAGACAGAAAUGCCACACUAGAAGAACUUUGGACUAUCUCAAUCUGUCAAUGUGUAAAUUCCUAAUCCAUGAGAAACUUGCCUACCUGUCCCGUUUCAGUUCCAAAUCUCUUUCCCUUCCAGUUGCCAGGACUUUCUCCAGAGCCCUAACAGUGUUUAAACAUACUGUGGAACCAUACAGGUUGUGCUUUAGGCUUGUGAUUAAUACAGACUUUACCUAUUAGCACUUCAGCUCUCCGGUGUAAUCAUUUUUUCAAAGUUUCCAUUGUCCAAUACUUAACAGGUUUUGGAAUAAAAAAAGAAAAGAAAACAAAACAAACAAAACAAAAAACUACAUCAGUGUUUAUUGACAAAGAAUGUUUUCAGUCUCCUUUUGUAUCAAGAAACCACACCCUUUGGUCCACUACCACUGACAGUGGUGACUUACAGUGAGCAGUGACUGAUGAAUGGAGGUACUGAAGGGCUUCCUGCUUUGUGCUACUAGGUUGACACAGAGAGGUUAACAGUCCCUGCUUUUUAUUUAUUUAUUAUUAUUAUUAUUAAUUCCCCAGCUUUAAAAAAUGUAAAAUGUACAGAAGUUGGAUAUAUAUACACUUGGCAAAGAAUAGCUGUUUUUUGUUUGCAGUUAUCCCAGGUCAAAGGAACUAAUCUGUUGCUCUGCCCCAUUGUUUUGUUGAAGUAUUGUUGAGGAUUGUUUGAAGUCAUGCAGUGCUAACCAAAAUAGGCUGUGGCUUGGGCUAAUUUGUAGCCACUUUUCUUUUAAGUACAGUAGCUGAAAUUCAGCAAUCCUUAUUCUUCCACCAGCUAAUGACUGGUGCUUUGUCCAGGUUGUAGUGAAGUCUUCUGAGUGAGUCACUUGAGGAUUGUUUUAACCUGGCAAAUUAAAUUGGCGGUGCAAAAGGGAAACUGAAGCUACUUCUAGAAGAAUUAAUAGCAACGCACUGAAGUAGCAAUGACGUGAUGUAUGUUAAGGUAUUCUCUGUCGUAGAGCAGCAAAUUUUUCCUCUUGUUUUCCAGUUUAAAUGAUCUCACCCCAGGAUAAGGAUGCAGAGGUGUACUCCAACCAUCUAUAAUUUCAGAUACAAAUAGCUGCCCUUGGUAACUGACAAUACAGUGUCUCCCAAUGGCAACUUCACCAUAGCAUUUUUUCAAAGCUGAUGGAAUUAUUUUGGCCAUUCUUUGACAAGAUAGUCAAAGCUUCCAUAAGCUGUUUGUCUGAAUUUUGCAUAUGAAUAGCAUGGUUUUUUCCUGUUUAGUCAGGCAAUGCUCGCUCACAGUUGUACCUUCUUGCAGGCACUUCCUUGGGCUGGGGAAUAGAAGGGGGCAGUCAAGAGUUCUAACACAAAUGUGUUGGUUUCCCGGCAUGGAGUUUACUGGUGUUCCCAUUUCCUGUAGCAGUCUAAAUGCCCGUUUCAACUUGUUUUGCCAAUAGAGAGCUAUGUAGUACAUUGAUCUAAUGUACAAUGCUUUGCCUCUGGAACUGGAGGUCACAUGCGCACAUGCAUUUCAUUUUAAGUGCUAGAAAUUUCAGAUUAUUUAUUAAUAAAAUAUUUUAGCAAGCUAACAGGAAGGCAGCAGCAUACACACAGUGUUUUACUGCUGCAAAUAAAGGGGUGUUUUUUUAAUUCAGUCUUUCUAACUUCUCUCCUUUCCCAUACAGUUACUUUCUGUUCUUAAAACGCUCUGUAGGCAUUCAAAAAUUCAGGCUUGUGUGCAACUUCAGUUUGCAUUUUACCACUGGGACAUUUGAUUUUUUUUUGCGUGAUCUCAACAGAACAAUUCAUUUCUAGAUUUGUUAGUGAACUCAUAUUAUGCAGUAUGUAAGUAAGAAAUGGGAGGCAUUAUUCUGGUUUCUUUCAUACAGAGGAGGCCACUAAUGUUUUCCUCACUUUCUCUUUUGGUCUAAUGUGUGUGCGCGCUUAACAAACUUCAGUUUAUGCAUCCCUGCCAAGAUGAGGGAGUGCUCAAGGAGUUUGGUGCAUUUGAAAUGCAAGCUGUCUUCUCAUUUCUGACAUAAUUCUACUUUCUAAAUCAAAACCAGUAUGGGCUAAAACCAUGUGGAGAAAUGCUGCUGAAAUUGUUGCCGCAUCAUGUCAGUAUAGACUUGGAAGAACAGCGAGGGCAGUGGAGCUUCCAAGUCUGGCCCAUUCUGGCUACGUUUGAACCUCUGGUUUUUGACAGCAGUAAAUUGCUGCCCUCAUUUUUUUUCAUCAUCUGUUUUUGCUUUAUUUCCUCCCCAGCCCCAUUCUGCCCCUUGCUGGUAGGGGAAAGGUGUGGAUGGACAAGCAAAUUAAUUUUUAGUGUAAAAUCUCUUUUAAAUUUGGAUAAGAGGAAAGGAAAUCUAUGAAGUAGGUAUAAUUUUGCUUGAGGGUUUUGCUUUGUCUUUAAAUGUCUCUGUUUUCAUUUUGUGCUGAAAAGUCUGACUUUCAUACAGUAAUUCUGUAGGUGUUACCACUUCCUCAGGAACCUGUGACUCAGGCAAUGUAUAAAUGAAAUGACAUCACCGGCAACUUUUGUUUGAAUUGCCUGUUUCCUAAAUAGGGACUGUUGUGUUUUUUUCUUUUAAUACUUGCAUAAUUGUUUUUUGUUUUGUUUUGUUUUGUUUGGGGGGAGGGGAAGGGUGAAAUGAGGAGGUUUAGUUAUCUAAGGCAGCCUUGCUAUUACAAUUAACUACACUGAGUGUUUUACUCUUUUAAAUCAUUGAAUUUAAUAUAUUGAAGUUAAUUUAAUAUACUUUUGAAUUUAAUAUACUGAAGUUUACUUAGAAGAUUGGCAUUUCUACACAAGGUAUUUGUGAAUGAAAUCACUGUAAUUAGGCGUUAGGAGUCUGUAUAAAGCAUUCUUAAUUCACUGCUGAUACGUUGAGAAAGGAAGAGGGGGAAACGGAAAAGGCCAGAGUGGGAUUUUCCAUUAGUAUUCUGGAAGUAGUGCAAACAAAAGAAAUGUUUUAUACUGCAGUUCUAAGUGCCUCUCCCUUGCUGCUCUCAGUAGCUUGUAUUUAUACCACAGGAGAUUCUUGGUAGAUUUCAGUGAUUACGUCUGUGUAACUGAUAUUUUUCAAUGAGAUCAUCAUGAAUAUAUGUAAGUAAAAUAGGAGGACCUGGAGUAAGGUUUGCUUCUGAGCAGAGUGUCCACAGACAGGCAGGAGCGCUGGUUGCAGCGGGCCCGGGGGGACCCUCAGCAGCUGCAUUUCUUCCUCGGACGCAGCUCCCCUGAUGUCACUGCAGGAGCUGGCUGCUAACCGUGAGGAGUCAUGUCAGGAAUUGCUGUCAUUGGAGGAAUGCAGGGAGUUGGAUGUCUGUCUAGGUCAUUUAUUCCUGGUGUUAUGGGACAGGCUAUAAAAGAGUUGCAUUUAUUUAUUAUUGUCACGCACAAAGGAUCGCUGUUCCUUCGUUUAAAUAGUAACAGCUUUGGGACUUCAUAGGCACCAGUACAACAGAGGCUGCGGAGUACAGCAGAGUCAUUUUGGCUCUGCUUCGGUUGUAUCCGUUCUCACUGAGUAGACAAUGUCAUUGUGUCUGCACUUUAAAGGAAAACGCAGAGAAAGCCCAUGUGUUCAGGGAGGUGGUGUUAGUGGCUACUGUAGGUUAUGGUCUUUCUUCUGAUUAUCUCAGUCCAUCUCAAACUUUGGCACUGUUAAGAACUGCAUCACUAAAGUUAUUUUUUAAAUAAGAUGCUAAACCAAAGUCCUAAAAAAAAAAACCCACAGGUUAUAUAUGUCUUCUUUGGAUUUUGUUUUUAAUAGUAUAGAUGGCUUGGUGGUUGUUUUUUUUUAUUAUUAUUUUUUAAAUUAUUAUUUCAUCCUCUAUUCCUGAAGCUACUGUUCAAUUUCCUUUGGAUCCUUCAUUUUCUAAAUGACCCUUGCCCAGGGUCGUGCAUGCUGGUAUUGAAAAACUCCCACUCAAGUUCCACCCAGUGGCUAUCAGAGCAGUAGUUAUGUAUUAUUAUUGGUACUAAGUCAGAAUGCUUUGAGAUGAUGGAUGGUAUAAAUGUAAUAACAUUACAAUUACUUGGUCACUCAGACAUAACAUAAAAACAGUUUUUCUCCACUUUAAUUCAAAUGUUUCCUGCUGUAUGUCUCUUGCAUGCUGAACUAGACCGUAUAUGUGACACUAUAUCUAUUGUAAUACUAGGACUGAGUGAGCCAUGCAUGUUCUGCCCCAUGAACCCUGCUGGGCAGCAGCUAAUGUAUGGGACGUAGCUGGAUCAUAUGCUUUUGAGAGACUAGUGCUCUCAAAAACCACAGUAGUAAGGCAUUUCAGUUCCUUGCUAACUGUAUUUGGUUGAAUAGGAAUUCGGCAGUGUUCAGCAGUGAAACAUUGCAAACCAAGACUGGCCUUUUGUAGCUGCUUGCUCAGAUUUGCAAGGGAGAAGGAGGGAGCAAAUCAACGUGUGUGCACUGUGUUUCUCUGUUGCUGGAGACAUUAAGGUUUCAUUUCCAACAGUAUCCAUUACUUAAUUUAGCUUCCUGCUGUUGGUAUUUGGAAAUGUCAUUAAGAGAUUCUUAUGGAUAAUGUCAAGGUACACAAUGCUUAAAAAUCAGCUAGGAACAGUGAAUAAUAACAUACCUGUUGAUCUGAGUGCAUGAAAAAGAAAGUGAUUUAAAAGUCAGUGGUAUAGAUUAUAUACUUGAGCAUCAGGAGGAGGCUGUCUUUUUGGCUAUAAGGGCUUUUAGUGGUAUGCCGUUUCAGAAUAUGACCAAAUUACUGUUUUUAAAUCAUUCUGCUGCUAUAAUAGUACGUGAUUGUGGCUUCAUAAAUUUUUGAAGCCAAAAUGUUAUGUUCCAGCUUUCACAGUAUGAAGUGAGUUUUAAAAGCACUUCUUUAUUUAAAGAAACUUUGUCCUCUCCAUAAUUGUCAUAAACAUGGAAAGAAGGAUUGAGACAGGACACGGGCUGUACCACAGACCUCCAGUGAAGUCACUGUAAGUCACGUCAUCUUUGCCUCCCAUCCAUUGUCUGAGCUUGUUUAUUGGUAGAGUCUCUUUUGUUGGGUCAAAAGAGACUCAACCAAUCCGAUCAAGACCGAUCAAGACCAAUCUUGAUCGAGUCAGCUAGGCAGUAGAAGAGCAGAAAUGUACAUACAGGUAUAUCGCAUCUCUAGCAUAGUCAAAUAAUGCCUUUUAAUUUAAGCACCGUGGUCAAGGAUUUAGUGAAAUUCAUUUGUCUAAAUUUUUGGAUGCCUGAUUUUGGAUGCUCUAAGCCAGACUUUCGAUGAUGUCUUAAAGUGGGUUUCAGAGUUCUGAAAGGAGUCUGAUUUCAAAUGUAAAGACAAUCAUACAUUAAGCAUGUAUUUUAAAAUUUUUAUGUGUGUAAAGGAUUAAUAAAUAAAUCUGUUGUUAACUUUUAAAUGA